UUUCAGAUAUUAGGGUGUAAUAUGUGACAUAUUUUAUUCAGAUGGCAGAUGAGGAAGUAGAGGAAGAGGCAGAGGUAAUAGAGGCAGGAGGAGCAGAAAGUGAAACUCCUCUUACUCCUGUGGAGACAGAGAAGCCUCUUGCCCCACCUAAAUAUGAAGUGCGACCUAGCCUUGGAGAAAAAUUUCAGGCUCAAAAUGUGCGGGAUAUUAUUGUAUCGACAAUGCAAGAGCAGUUGAGCGGGCGACAAUACCGCUCCGACCAGGCGCCGCGAUGGGCCAAACUUAUCGCUAACGCCGUUCGGCAACGCGUUCAAGAGCUGGACAUGAAACGGUACAAAGUAAUAGUGCAAACAACAAUACUGGAACUGAAAGGGGCCGGAGUAAAGUGUGGACAGCGAUGUAUAUGGGACCCCGAGACAGAUGACUAUGCAGAUGAUUUGUAUAGGAGUGAUACAAUAUUCUGCUAUACUAUUGUGUACGGUGUAUAUUUAUAUUAGAAUUUGCGGAUUUCGCUCUCAACGUGAUCACCGCCGAUGCCUUUGAUCGGAGCGUUGACAAAUCAAGUGACAAAUCUUAAAGAUCUCGGGAGAAAAUGAACAUUUCACCUGAGCCCAGACCGCCGACUGAUGGUGCAAGUGAGUCUUAAAAAGUUUUAGACUCACUUGCUACUUAACUGAAACUUAACAUUAAACAAGAAUAGUUCGAUGGUAUUUUUGUUUAAUUUAAUUCAUUAAUUAAGGUACGCGACGGUUGAAAAUACUUGUAUUGCAAUAAAUAAUUAUAGUUUU